AUGCAGUAUUUUACUUGAGCGCAGACGCUCUGGAAACUCCUCGUCUCGGGAAUUUUUACGCGUAAGAUUAUUCAUAAGUAUUGCGUUUCGCCGUCCAUUUGAAUUAACUUUGGUAGACGAGGAGUUCCAUCUCGGAGACCAUUUUUGUGUUCAGAUUUUAUGUAAUAUUUUGGAGGUUGGAAGUUCAUCUUCAAAGGCUACGACUAAUAACUGAACAGGUGGAAUUUGUUCAGAUGGAUGAGUUUGAGUGUUGCUUAUCGGCCGAUGACAGGGAACGCAUCCGAAUCCACAAAGCUAUAGAGAGACAACUCAAUCGUGCCAAAAGGGACUCGCAGAGGGAAGUCAAACUCUUGCUAUUAGGCACGGGAGAGAGUGGGAAGAGCACGUUUAUCAAGCAGAUGAGGAUCAUCCAUGGGGCAGGCUACUCCAAUGACGACAGGCGCGGCUUCACCUCACUCGUCCACAUGAACAUAUUCCAGAAUAUUCAGGCGCUCAUCCAGGCCAUGGAAACCCUGCGGAUCUCAUUUGUGGACAGCAACAACGAACAAUAUGCCGAUCUGCUGCGCGGUGUUCAGCCGGAGCUCCAGGCCAGUUUGGAGCCACGGUACGCGGAGGCCAUCAAGCGCGUCUGGGCCGACCACGGACUGCAGGAGUGCUACGACCGACGCAGAGAGUUCCAGCUCUCCGACUCCGCCAAAUAUUACCUGAGUGACAUUGACAGGAUAUCUGCGGUGACGUAUUUGCCUACGGAGCAGGACAUCCUGAGGGUGAGGGUGCCCACGACGGGCAUCAUAGAGUACCCCUUUGACCUGCAGACCGUUGUCUUCAGGAUGGUGGACGUGGGGGGUCAGAGGUCAGAGAGGAGGAAGUGGAUCCACUGCUUCGAGAACGUGACCUCUCUCAUCUUCCUGGUAGCCCUGAGUGAAUACGACCAGGUCUUGUACGAGAGCUCUGAGCAAGAGAACCGCAUGGUGGAGAGUAAAGCACUGUUUAAGACCAUCAUUUCCUCCAACUGGUUCCUAGAGUCCUCGAUCAUCCUCUUCCUCAACAAAACAGACCUGUUAAAGGAGAAGAUCCAGCGCUCCCACCUGGCUGACUACUUCCCUGCAUACACAGGGCCUAAGCAGGAUGCUGACAGUGCUCAGAAGUUUGUCCUGAGGAUGUAUGAAGAGCAAGCUCCGGACCGGCAGAAGUUCAUCUACUCACACUUCACCUGCGCCACGGACACAGAGAACAUCCGCUUCGUAUUUGACGCCGUCAAACAUACCAUACUGCGGAACAACCUGGAACUCUUCAACCUGGGCUAGCACCUUGAUGUUACAGUAGGACAGAAUGCUCCAGUGUGUGUGUGUGUGUGUGUGUG